GAGACUGUGUAGUUGUACUUGGUGCAGCAGUCGCUAUAAAUAAAAAAAGUAGCGCCGUAAAAAAUCGUAGAACUCAGUUUUUCUAAUUAUAAAUGAAAAAUCAUGCCGCAUAAAUUACAUCGCGUCGGCGACUGGCAACUAAUACGACAAUUGGGCCAAGGAGGCUUUGGAGAAGUUCAACAAUGGAAAAAUAUUGUAACAAAUCAGGAAAUUGCGACGAAGCAUAUCAAAAAUGACACUAACAUUGGCGCUGAUCAGGAACGCAAGUUAAAGGAACGCUGGAUAAAGGAGUAUAACUGGACCCGGCAGUUUCAAAAUUUGACGUUCAUUGUUGCUGGUGUGCAGCUGGGCGACGAAUCCGCUGAAUUUAUAAAACAAUUGAAUGAUAACCAUAUUUGGCAACUUCCUGUGAUUAUUCUAGAAUAUUGCAAUGGAGGCGAUGUGCGAAAACUUCUACAACAAGCACCCAAUGUUAAUGGUCUCGUGCAGUCUGAGGUGUGUAAUAUACUUAGUUGUCUGCGCCAAUCUGUUGUCUUCUUGCACAAUACAUGUGGCAUCUGUCAUCGUGAUCUAAAGCCUGAUAACAUUGUAAUACAUCGCCUUCCUAAUAGUCGUAAGCUAUACAAGCUUACAGAUUUUGGUUUGGCACGUAAUAUGCCCGCGGAGACAAUGCUGCAGAGUGUUGUUGGAACACGUCAUUACUUUGCACCCGAAGUUGUUGAUAGCGGCAAGUACAACAACAGUGUUGACUUCUGGUCAAUGGGUAUUAUUGGCUAUGAAAUUGCAACCGGCGUAUUGCCAUUUAUACCGCAUCAGAAACCAUUCAACAUCCACUUUAAUCUGUGUAAGAAGCCGCGCAAUUGUAUUGCCAUAACGGAGGAUGUCGAGGAGGAGGAACGCUUCCAUUUUCACACUGAGCUGGCAGUAAAGCACCAUCUCAGCAGUCACUUUGUGGCCAAAUUGAAAGAGUUUCUUUCGUUGGCACUUGACUCGGAUUAUUCCCGACGCGGCAUUCAAGGAGCAACUGAUGGAGUACAAGGCCCAUCCAGAUCACCCAUUAUAUUUACUAAGAUCGAUGAUCUGCUUGGGCUAAAGGUGUUGACCUUAUUUGUGGCAUUUAAAUAUCAACGCCUGGAGUAUGUUGUAACUCCGACGAUGGCAAUGUCUGAACUGGCACUAAAAAUAGCCAAGGAUACUGAUAUGAAGGUGGAUUCUCUCUAUCUGAUGCUUCCCACGGGACAUCCGCAUGGACGAGUGACUCGUGUGACACAACCCAUAGAUCUCUACGUAGAUGAAUGGUGUGAUACAAGUGAGGCGUCAAAGGGUCCCCCAGUGAUGGUCUACAUCUUCAAUAUGAAGCACUGCGACUAUUCAGCACCCCCUUGUUGCAUGACAGAUCUGGUUCAGAACUGCAUUGGCUCCCAAAAGAAAUGGCCACCCUGGGUGAUGGACAGAAUGGUCCUCGACAUUCACUAUAUACUUAGUAAGGAGCACGCAACCAUGCGAACUAUGCUGUUUGGAUUUAAGGAGCAUGCUAUGUCAUUAGAACACGAUAUGCUGAUUUAUCAAUCAGUAAUCAAAACGGUCAAUAUCGAGAAAGAACAAUGCUGUGGAGCAAUGUCUCAUUUCGAUGCGCUAAUUUCUGCAGCAAAACAACAGAAUAAAUUGAAUAUGGCCAAUAAAGAAGAGUUUGAGACUAAUGUGCAGAGACUGGCCAAUUUAAGUAACGAAAUCAUAUCUCUCAUUGAGCAAACAAUUCAUCAUUACGACUCCUCUUUGGGCAUCAUCCGUGACGUAGCGAUUAAGCAAAGUGCUGAUAUCUACAAAUCGUUUAUGGAUGCCGACACAUACAAACUCUCGCGAUUUCGAAAACUUUACAUCACGCACGGUGAUAAGUUGUCGUGCUCGGAUGCUUACAAUAUUGUGAUAAAUCUGGCGAAAGAGCGUCAUUCUCUUCUCAUGGAUGAAAAAUUGAAGUUUUUGCGCGAGAGCCUUAAUCAGGCGCUAAAUCGCUUCGCUAUUAUACCAAACACUUUGCAGACUGCAUGUCAACGUCUCAAGGAUAUUCGCAUGCAAUUAUUGCAGCUGAAUCUGCAAAUGUUACCAGCUGCCACUUCCAAUGAACCCCCUUCUAUGUUGCAACUUAGUAAUGCUAUUAGUCAAUUGCACUUUGAUACCGUAAAUGAGGUACCAAGCGCUGAUUUGGAUACAUUCGACAGCCUUAAUACCAGGAGUAUCAUAGAUCAGGCGCUACAAACCAGUCUGCUUUUGGAAAACGCAAUGGAAACUGAACAGUGAAAAAGUUGGAGAACAGAUUUUUGAUAUUAUUUUAAUAACCGUUACAACUGCUUUGUUAAGAAACUAAUUUUUAGUUUUCCUUAAUUUUUUUAAAAAAAUUUCCUAGAAUUCGUAUUUGUUUUGUUUCUAUUGCUCAUUAUGUUUUAUACAUAUGUUAAUGCAUGUUAAAUGCAAUUUUAUUCAUCUGAAAAUCACCAUUGCCUUUUAAUAUUUGUUAUAUUUUAUAUUUAGAUUAAAAAUACAUAUAUUCCCGUA